UAGAAUUGGAAACGAGUUUUUAUUUUUUCUGUUCCUUGUGGGGAGUAAAGAAAGACUUACUGACUAAACUGAAUAGGCUACCCAGAUCUAAUUUUACUGAACAUGUCUAAACUACAGAUGUUGUGUGUGUUUUUAAAUGAGCGUUUAACGGCGGCUGCUGUGGAUAUUUUUGGGGAAGUUGAGAAAACGGUAGUAGAGUACCAGGAAGAGAACGAUCGGCUACGGAGACUUCUGCGGAGGACACCAGAGAUACAACUAUGUCGAAUAGUCCCUCCAGAAUCCCUGCAGCUCUCUGUCUCUGAAGAGGAGGUCCCCCCUGAGCAGCAGCGGAGCCCCAGUCUGGGACAGAAGGACCCAGAGACCAUACAGAUUAAAGAGGAACAGGAGGAAGUCAGGACCAGUCAGGAGGAAGAGCAGCUUCAAGGGGUGGAGCCUGAUGUCAUAGAGUUCAUAUUUACUCCUUCCUGUGUGAAAAGUGAAUGUGAUCAGGAGGACCCAUGUCAAGAAGCCGUACUUGCUGAACACUCAACUCUCAGUCCACUGAAAACAUCUAAACUACAGUCGUUUCAAGAGUUUUUAAAUGAGCGUUUAACGGCGUCUGCUGGUGCAGAGAUUUCCGGGGAAUUUGCGAAAGCCGUAGCGGAGUACCAGGAAGAGAAUGAUCGGCUACGGAGACUUCUGCGGAUCACACCGGAGAUACAACUAUGUAGAAUAGACUCCCUGCAGCUCUCUGUCUCUGAAGAGGAGGUUCCCCCUGAGCAGCAGCACUGUGAGCAGGAGUGGAGCCCCAGUCUGGGGCAGGAGGACCCAGAGACCACACAGAUUAAAGAAGAACAGGAGGAAGUCAGGACCAGUCAGGAGGAAGAGCAGCUUCAAGGGCGCUUUGAUACCAAAGACUCCAUAUUUACUCCUUCUUGUGUGAAAAGUGAAUGUGAUCAGGAGGACCCAUGUCAAGAAGCCGUACUAGCUGAAUACCCAACUCUCAGUCCACUGAAAACAUCUAAACUACAGUUGUUUCGUGUGUUGUUAAAUGAAUGUUUAACGGCAUCUGCUGCUAUGGAGAUUUUUGGUGCGGUUGAGGAAACUGUAGCAGAGUACCAGGAAGAGAAUGAUCGGCUACGGAGACUGCUGCGGAUCACACCAGAGAUAAAACUAUGUAGAAUAGACUCCCUGCAGUUCUCUGUCUCUGAAGAGGAGGUUCCCCCUGAGCAGCAGCACUGUGAGCAGAAGUGGAGCCCCAGUCUGGGUCAGAAGGACCCAGAGACCAUACAGAUUAAAGAGGAACAGGAGGAAGUCAGGACCAGUCAGGAGGAAGAGCAGCUUCAAGUUCUGGAGGCUGAUAUCGUAGAGUUCAAUUUCACUCCUUCCUGUGUGAAAAGUGAACGUGAUCAGGAGGACCCACUUUGGUCCUUGACUCUUCCCCAAACCCAGACUGUGGAGAACAGAGAGAGUGACUCUAACCCAGUGGAUCUGAAACCUUUUGUCCAUGUGACCCACUUAAAUGGUCUUGACCUUCCAGAUAAUGACAGCAAUGCCUCCAGCCACAGUUCAGCCGUAAGCAGCGACACAGUAGGACUUGACAGCAGCCCACCAUUGGAUCCCAGUCCACCAUUGGAGAAACGCUGUUCCAAACCCAGCACCACAGCUAGAAAAACUUACCACUGCUGUGACUGUGGUGCAACAUUUGCUCUGAUAGCUGACCUGCAGAGACAUAUGACUCUCUUCAGUAAGAGACCCAGUGAAUGUAGUUCCUGCCAAAAACGCUACAACUCCACCUGUAAACUAAAGGCCCAUGUCCGACGCUGUCACGGUGGGAAACCCUGCACCUGCCCUGUUUGUGGAAAGACCUUCAAAUACAAAGGCUAUCUUUCCAAGCACUUAAGGAUUCACACAGGAGAGAAACCAUUCAGCUGUGGUGACUGUGGGAAAAGAUUCACUCAGAAAGGGAACCUAACCGAACAUGUACUGACUCACACAGGAGAGAAAUCAUUUAGCUGUGGUGACUGUGGGAAAAGCUUCAGUCUCAAGAAGACACUAACGGAUCAUAUACGGACUCACACAGGAGAGAAACCAUUUAGCUGUGGUGACUGUGGGAAAAGCUUCAAUAAGAAGGGACACCUUUCCGUGCAUCAACUGACUCACACAGGUGAGAAACCUUUUAGCUGUGGUGACUGUGGGAAAAGCUUCAGUCAGAAGGGGAACCUAAGUAUUCAUAAACUGACUCACAUAGGAGAGAAACCUUUUAGCUGUGGAGAAUGCGGGAAAAGCUUUGGGCUCAAGCGGCACCUAACCAUGCAUAAACUGACUCACACAGGAGAGAAACCAUUCAGCUGUGGAGACUGCGGGAAAAGCUUUAAUCGCAAGGAGGUCUUAACCAUGCAUAUACGGACUCACACAGGAGAGAAACCAUUUAUCUGUGGUGACUGUGGGAAAAGCUUCAGGCAUAAAGGGUCCCUUAAGAUACAUAUAUUGGCUCACACAGGAGAGAAACCAUUUAGCUGCGGUGACUGUGGGAAAAGCUUCAAUCAAAGGGGGAACCUAAACAUGCAUAUAAGGACUCAUACCAGAGAUAAUUCAUUUUGCUGUGGAGACUGUGGGAAAAGCUUCAAUCAGAGGGGGAACCUAACCACUCAUAUACGGACUCACAGCAGAGAUAAUUCCUUUCUCUGUGGUGACUGUGGGGAAAACUUCGAUGAGAAGGGGCACCUAACUGAACAUAUACGGACUCACACAGGAGAGAAACCAUACAGGUGUGGUGACUGUGGGAAAAGCUUCAUUCAGAAGGCGGACCUAAGGAGGCAUAUACUGACUCACACAGGAGAGAAACCUCAUGGCUGCUCCGUCUGUGGUAAAAAAUUCACUCAGAAGUCUCAUCUGCUGAGGCAUGUGGAUAAAAUCCACAAAGGAAGAAAACAGGACAGAAACUGAAAGAGUGAAGAGCAUUAGGACAAAGAGAUUGUUUGUCAGGUAAGUGAAUAAAAAGGCAGGAUGUGGACAAAUCUCUUAGGAAGCAACAGUGAGUUAUGGCCCUCAUCAAAUAUGCAGACGACAUGGCUCUGGUUGCUUGCCUGGAGGUCAAGUCCUUCUCCAGCUACUCCCAGUUCAUUGACUGCCUCUUGACGUGGUUUGACAAUAUCUUAGGAGCUCAGUCUGGGUCUCAACUUACUAUUAAGACUCAGAAUAGUAGAAUACACCGGGUCCAAUUCAGACAUGUGGUUGUGCAUCAGCAGUUUGUUUGUCACUGACAGUCACUCAAUUAGCGAUGUCGGCUAACAAUUUUUAGAUUGGAAGUUAGUCUAGCCAACUAUCUAACCUGAGUAGUAAUCACUGCUGAAUACCGACCGGGCAGGGAAUGUGCCCAGGGGCCCAUAUUAACAUGGAAUAAGUCAUUACGGCAGGGGGGUGGCAGGGCAGGGGGGUUAAGGGGGGUUAAGGGCAGAACCCUAGUGGUUAGAGCAUUGGGCCAGUAACCAAAAGGUUGCUAGAUCGAAUCCCUGAGCUGACAAGGUAAACAUCUGUCCUUCUGCCCCUGAAUAAGGCAGUUAACCCACUGUUCCUAGGAGGUAAUUGUAAAUAAGAAUUUGUUCUUAACCGACUUAAAUAAAGUUAAAUUACAGUCACGAUCGUCGUAAAGUGAAAGAGAGGAGGACCAAGGCGCAGCGUGAUAGCAAUACAUCUUUACUUUAAUGAAGACGAAAACGAAGAACACUAUACAAACAAAUCAAAACAAUAAACCGACGAACGUGAAGCUAUACAAACUAAGUGCUAACAUGCAACAUAGACAUAGACAAUCACCCACAAACUACCUAAUGACUAUGGUUGCCUAAAUAUGUCUCCCAAUCAGAGACAACGAUAGACAGCUGUCUCUAAUUGAGAACCAAUCUAGGCAACCAUAGACAUACAUACACCUAGACUAAACAUUGCCCCAUAAACAUACAAAAAACCCUAGACAAUACAAAACACAUACAUCCCCCAUGUCACACCCUGACCUAACUAAAAUAAUAAAGAAAACAAAGAUAACUAAGGCCAGGGCGUGACAAUUACAAAUAAAAAAAAAUACAAAAUGUGUAGAAUUGCAGGAAUUUAGCUGUAAAACUGCAAGAAAAAAAAUCUCUCCACCCCAUGGCAAAAUGUGUAGAACAGCAGGAAAUGAAUUUUAAAACAUACAUUUCUCUUCACCAUCAGGGGCAUACUCAAAUGUUUUACCGCGAGGUGGGGGGCACCCCAACCAAAUCUCUCAGGGCCCCAAAAGGCGGGAGCCGACCUUGGAUUUACUUUUGUAAAACACAUUUAUUUGGUUUGAAUGAUGAUCAAACACUACAGAUUAAGAUUCCUUUAUUGUACAGUUCCAAAUUCAACUCCCGUUUCCAUGUCAACCCCUCCUAAAGAGACGCAUUCAGAAAGUAUUCAGACCCCUUAAUUUUUACUUAUCAAUCUACACACGAUACCCCAUAAUGACAAAGCAAAAAAAUAUAUAAAUAUUUUUACUUAAAUAUUAUAAUUAUUUUUGCAAAUUCAUGAAAAAUAAAAAACAGAUACCUUAUUUACAUAAGUAUUCAGACCCUUUGCUAUGAGACUCGAAAUUGAGCUCAGGUGCAUCCUGUUUCCAUUGAUCAUCAGAUGUUUCUACAAUUUGAUUGGAGUCCACCUGUGGUAAAUUCAAUUGAUUGGACAUGAUUUGGAAAGGCACACACCUGUCUAUAUAAGGUCCCACAGUUGACAGUGCAUGUCAGAGCAAAAACCAAGCCAUGAGGUUGAAGGAAUUGUCCGUAGAGCUCCGAGACAGGAUUGUGUCGAGGCACAGAUCUGGGGAAGGGUUCCAAAAACAAGUAGAAGCGUUGAAGGUUCCCAAGAACACAGUGGCCUCCAUCAUUCUUAAAUUGAAUAAGUUUGGAACCACCAAGACUUCCUAGAGCUGGCCCCCUGGCCAGACUGAGAAAUCGGGGGAGAAGGGCCUUGGCCAGGGAGGUGACCAAGAACCGGAUGGUCACUCUGACAGAGCUCCAGAGUUCCUCUGUGGAGAUGGGAGAACCUUCCAGAAGGACAACCAUCUCUGCAGCACUCCACCAAUCAGGCCUUUAUGGUAGAGUGGCCAGAUGGAAGCCACUCCUCAGUAAAAGGCACAUGACGGCCCGCUUGGAGUUUGCCAAAGGGUACCUAAAAGACUCUCAAACCAUGAGAAACAAGAUUCUCUGGUCUGAUGAAACAAAUACUGAACUCUUUGGCCUGAAUGUCAAGCGUCACGUCUGGAGGAAACCUGGCACCAUCGCUAUGGUGAAGCAUGGUGGUGGCAGCAUCAUGCUGUGGGGAUGUUUUGCAGAGGCAGGGACUGGGAUCAAGGAUCAAGGGAAAGAUGAACGGAUCAAAAUACAGAGAGAUCCUUGAUGAAAACCUAAUCCAGAACGCUCACAACCUCAAACUGGGGCGAAGGUUCACCUUCCAACAGGACAACGAACCUAAGCACUCAGCCAAGAUAACGCAGGAGUGGCUUCGGAACAAGUCUCUGAAUGUCCUUGAGUGGCCCAGCCAGAGCCCGGACUUGAACCCGAUCUAACAUCUCUAGAGAGACCUGAAGAAAGCCGUGUAGUGACGGUCCCCAUCCAACCUGACAGAACUUGAGAGGAUCUACAGAGAAGAAUGGGAGAAACUCCCCAAAUACAGGUGUGCCAAGCUUGUAGCGUCAUACCCAAGAAGACUCAAGGCUGUAAUCGCUGCCAAAGGUGCUUCAACAAAGUACUGAGUAAAGGGUCUGAAUACUUAUGUAAAUGUGAUAUUUUCAUUUAUUUGUAAUCAAUUUGAUAAAAAUGUCUAAAAACCUGUUUUUGCUUUUUUAUUAUGGAGUAUUGUGAUGUCAUUAUGGGUCAUUGUGUGUAGAUUGACGAGGGGGGAAUUUAAAAAAAAUUCAUUUUAGAAUAAGGCUGUAACGUAACAAUGUGGAAAAGACAAGGGGGUCUGAAUACAUUCUGAAUGCAUUGUUUAUAGAGGUUGGAGCAGGGGGCUGCCAUACUAUGACUCCUGUGAAGCAGUUGUUAUGGGGGAUUAAGGGCAGGACAGCAGGUAUGGCAUCUAGGAUUUGAUAGCAGCAACCACUCACUUCUUGGGAUUGGAACCCUCCGUUUGCCUCUUAAACGCUAGGCUACCUACCGCCUGUUGAUGGACAGUAUUGUAGGAAAUAAGGCACCGGACCACAGCCAUAUAUACUGAACAAAAAUAUAAAUGUAGUGUCGUUUCAUGCACUGAAAUAAAAUAUCCCAGAAAAUGUUCCAUACGCACAAAAAGCUUAUUUCUCUCAUAUGUUGUGCACAAAUUUGUUUACAUCCCUGUUAGUGAGCAUUUCUCAUUUGUCAAUAUAAUCCAUCCACCUGACAGGUGUGGCAUAUCAAGAAGCUGAUUAAACAGUACGAUCAUUACACAGGUGCACCUUGUGCUGGGGACAAAAUAGGCCACUUUAAAAUAUACAGUUUUGUCACGCAAAAACAAUGCCACAGAUGUCUCAAGUUUUGAGGGAAUGUGCAAUUGGCAUGCUGACUGCAGUAAUGUCCAUCUGUUGCCAGAUAAUUAAAUGUUAAGCUGCCUUCAACGUUGUUUUAGAGAUUAAGGCAGUGAGUGCAACCGGCCUCACAACCGCAGACCACGUGUAACCACACCAGCCCAGGACCUCCACACACGGCUUCUUCACCUGUGGGAUUGUCUGUUGCUGAUGAUUUGCCCUUUAAACAGCUGCAUAUGUUCAAGAUAUCAUAGUGUCCACUACAAAAAGGAAAACAAUAGGCCUAUAGCCAAUACAGAAUAUGGCAUUCAUUUUUCACAUGUAAAUAGCACUUUUCAGUGGUGCUCAAAACAUGCCAUUCCAUGAGGGCAGCAUUUAUUUUUCAACUCGAAUCAAUGAGCCCAAUCAGUCCUCCAUAACAACAAAAUCAUGAACAACAGAAUAAGGCUGGCUAAUAAGUCCUUAGUUGUGGGGUUAUGCUCAGGUAAAACCAUGGCUAAUCUAUACUUCCAUAUUUCCAAGUCCUCUUUUUGAAGAUCAAGGGGAAUAACAUUUAUUGGAUCGAUUGAAAUUCUGAUAGACUUUGGUUUUUAAUGUAAAGAUAUAAUUGAAUCAUAUUAUUAUUUGUAGUAGAAAGUAAUGGGCUAGAGGAAGCCUAUAUAACCAACCCAUAAAGUAAAAUGUAACAUCCAUGUAUAUAUAUAUGGCCAGCUAUGUAAACUUUAACAUUGAUUGAUCUUGCAAUAAAUGUCAUUCAACUGGUAACAUACAUUUUUGUAUUCUUCUAAUGCCUCUUAAAAGGGGGAAGUAAUCUAAAAGUAACUAAAUGUAAUCAGAUUACGUUACAGAGUUUGGGGUAAUCCAAAAGUUACACUACUGAUUACAAUUUUGGACAGGUAACUAGUAACUUGUAACCCACCCAACCCUGAGCAUACAGUAUAGAUAAUAUCCACAAAGAGAGAAAAACAGACCAUAGAAAUAACAUCUUCAGUCAGAAGAAUAAAAAGGAAUAAAAAGGCAGGAAUAAAAAGGCAGGAUCUAACACUCUGAGGAAAGGGAAGCAACUCCAGACCAUUUAUACUAUGGGCCUCAGAUAAAUACGUAUACUAUACCAUGGACUUAAUGUUGUAAAACAAUGUAUGUAAAUAAAGUUUGAUUUGAAUUAUGAGGUAAUGAUCAAACAGUACAGAGUAUUGUAGGAAUUUCACAGUUCUGAUGUUCAAAGUCUGUUUAAUUUUUCCCUUCAUUACAAACAACAAUAUCUGAUCAUUUGAUUUUGGUCAGGCUGAUGUAAUUGAUACGUGAAAUUAAAAAUAAUUCCAGAAAAGGCA